AUCAACAAGAAGAAAAUUGGAGUGAGUGAUACUGAAGACUGUGAUCCAUUGAAGUAGCAAUGGAAGAGCUGCAGGCUGGAGUGAAAUCCGCCUCACGACUGUUCACCUGGGAGGAGAUCAAGUUCUUCUCUGGCCAGGGGCACCCACAACAGGAGCGGUGGCUGGUGAUUGACAGGAAGGUGUACGACAUCGGCAAGUUCUACCAUCAUCAUCCAGGGGGUUCCAAGGUCAUCAGACACUAUACAGGGCAGGAUGCCACGGAUGCAUUUGUGGCUUUCCACCCUGACAAGGCACUGGUGAGAAAGUACAUGAGGUCACUACUGAUCGGGAAGCUGGCGCCAGAUCAACCUAGCUUUGAGCCCCACAAAAACAAAUUGCUGGUACAGGAUUUCCGUGAACUGUGUUCCACCGUUGAGAGGAUGGGACUUCUGAAGCCCAGUGGUCUCUUCUUCUUCCUGAAUUUUCUGCAAAUUCCGCUGUUUCAAGCUGCCAGCUGGCUCAUUCUCUGGUAUUUCAGGAUGUCUCUGAUGUCUCUGGUCAUCUCAGCAGUGCUGAUGGCAACCUCUAUGCAACAGUGUCUGGUUCUGCAGCAUGAUUUGGGGCACCUCUCAGUGUUCUGCAAGACCAAAUGGAACCACUUGGCUCAGUUUGUUGUGAUGGGCUCAUUCGCAGGAUUCUCAUGCAGCUGGUGGAAUCACCUGCACGGCCAGCAUCAUGCUAAGACAAAUUGCUUCCGCAAAGACCCUGAUGUCAACUUGCAUCCGUUCUUGUUCACCUUGGGAAAGAAACUCUCUGUGGAGCUUGGGAUGAAGAAGAAAAAGUUCCUGCCAUACAACCACCAGCACAAGUACUUCUUCAUCACAGUGCCUCCAUUUCUGUUUUCCACCUACAUCCAAUUCUACACUUUCUACCACAUAAUCCAAAGAAAACAGUGGCUGGACCUGGCCUGUGUGCUGAGCUACUUCAUCUGGCUGUUUCUCCUCUACAAGCCCCUAUUGGAGCUGAAGGCUUUGCUGGGCUAUAUUGUCCUGAUCAGAGUCCUGAACAGUAUUUGGACUGCUUGGGUCACACAGAUGAGCCACAUUCCCAUGAAUAUUGAUUAUGAUAAGAACAUGGACUGGUUCUCAACCCAGCUUCAGGGAACAUGUAAUGUGCAUCAAUCAAUAUUCAAUGACUGGUUUACUGGGCAUCUGAACUUCCAAAUUGAGCAUCACCUUUUCCCGAGGAUGCCUCGACACAACUUCUACAAGGUGGCCCCCAUGGUGAAGUCCCUGUGUGUCAAACAUGGCGCUAAGUACCAUUGCAAGCCCCUGCUCACUGCCUUUGCAGACAUUGUGUGGUCUCUGAAGGAGUCAGGGGACCUCUGGCUUGAUGCCUACCUGCAUAAGUAACUGGAAGUCCAUUCCACAUACAGGAGUUGCCAAAAAAAAGGAAUGCAGCCCUGUUAGCUACCAGCUUUGUACAAUCAGAUGUUAUGUCUUCUGGGUGAGGGGCUUCUUCAGAAGUUUGCUUCCAGGAGUGCAAAUUAGAUUUUAAAGUACAUUUUCCUCCCAUGAUUCUUCCUUCCCUUUUCUUUGGCAGUCAGCACCAGGGGCUGUCUUCUUGUUCAUUGUUUGUAGAGCACCUUCAGAAUGACAUCCCAGUUCUUGAAUAUGGCUCACAGGUGUUAUGGGAAGCUUAAUAAUAACACUGCCACUACCUCUGCUGCCACCACAAUUAUAAUAAUAGUAGACAUAAUAAGUAUGAUCAUGAUGAUGGUAAAGAUAUUAAGAAUAAUAAUACAAAAGGAACAAAUGAGGAUGUUCCUAUGUGUCUGUGUGCAACAGUGGAGUAGAGUUCAGAUGAACCAGGGAGAAAGGGCUUCAUGAUGGUACCUACAGACUCUACAGCAUUUCAUUCUCACUCUCAGAGCCACAAAUUGUUGUCUUAAGUCUGUCUGCCUUCUUUCCUGCCAAAAAGAUUAAUCUCUUUGGUGUAAGGUAUGGGCUUUACUGGUCUGCACUAAUAAAAAUAUUUUCACUUGC